UGUCAAAAAUCAAACAUACCUAAUUUAAAAAUGUAAACAUGUGCGACGAACCUGCAGAAACUACUGAAAAAAUUCCAUCCGAAUCCGAUUUUCGUCCACAAUUUGGAAAUAGAUUUCUUACCAAAGAAGAUGAUGUUUUCACGCACAAUGCAUGGGACAAUGUUGAAUGGGAUGCCAAUCAGGAGGCAGAAGCACUCGCCGCCGUUCAAAAGAAUUCCACAAAAAAGAUGACAGAAGAAGACCAAAUCAAAUUCGAGAACGAAGCUGACAAAUUCUGGGAUUCCUUCUAUAACAUCCAUCAGAAUCGCUUCUUCAAAGAUCGCCAUUGGUUAUUCACUGAAUUCCCCGAACUUGCUCCCAAAGAUGGCAGCACGGAAGCUCGACAAAUCUUCGAACUUGGCUGCGGUGUUGGCAAUACCAUUUUGCCAAUUCUCAAAUACAGCCAAGAGCCAAAUCUUAAAGUUUAUGGCUGUGAUUUCUCGGCAAAGGCAAUUGAAAUAUUCCGAGAAAAUCCUGAAUUCGAUGAGAAGCGAUGUCAGGUCUUUGUCAUGGAUGCCACAGCCGAAGAAUGGCAAGUUCCUUUUGCUAAAGAAAGUCUUGAUAUAAUUGUUUUGAUUUUUGUUCUUUCGGCUAUAAAUCCAGACAAAAUGCAAAUAGUCGCAGAGAAUUGCUUUAAAUUCUUGAAACCAGGUGGACUGGUGUUAUUUCGAGAUUAUGGUCGGUAUGAUUUGGCUCAACUGAGAUUUAAAGCUGGCAAAUGUUUGCAAGAGAAUUUCUAUGUUCGUGGAGAUGGAACUAGGGUUUAUUUCUUUGAACAACAGGAAUUGAAGGAUCUCUUUUGUGGGAUGGGAUUUGUUGAGGAACAGAAUGUUGUUGAUAGACGAUUGCAAGUUAAUCGUGGGAGAAUGCUUAAAAUGUAUCGCGUUUGGAUACAGAAAAAGUUUAGGAAACCAAUUAAUUAGAAAUUGUAUACUUUGAUUUUAAAUAAAAAUGUAUUUUUUAGUAUAAAAUGUGGAA